AUGAAGCCUCGCGUGAGCCUCGAUUUGGCAGGCAUUGCCGAAAGCCUGAAGUCGGGUGCCAUUAAGUCCGUCUACGUUCUUACAGGCGCCGGCGCUUCAACAGGUGCCGGAAUUCCAGACUUCCGCUCACCAGGCGGUAUGUACGACAGUUUGCGGCCAGAGCUCAUCACAGCCACGAAGGCUGAGCGCAAGCGCAUGCGCAGAGACCCUAUCAACGUGGUCAUGAAAGACAUGUUCUUCCAGAACCAGUUUCCUUAUCUCGAGGUGCGAAGGCCUUUUAUUCUCGGGACACAACAGCAGCAAUGGAAGGCCACCUUGUCACACUGGUUCAUGAGAUUUCUAGAAGAGGAAGCCUUGCUGAAACGAGUGUUCACCCAAAAUAUCGAUGGAUUGGACUAUCAAACUGGAAUCUCAAAAGAGCUGGUCACCAACGUCCACGGCAGUUUGGCGCGAGUGUCAUGCGAAGGGUGUGGUGAGGAGAUGCCAUUUGACGAUUUUUGCGCCAAAGUUCGCACCAAUGUCAAGGACAUCUACAAGACUGACCCAAGCGCGCCAGCGGAAUCUUCCAACAUCAACUGUCCGCGGUGCAAUCGCCCCCUUGUGAAGCCCAACACAGUUCUGUUUGGCAGCUCGCUUCCCACCGAGUUCUUCGAGCAAACGGCCGAUUUGGAGCAGGCGGAUCUUCUCAUAGUAGCAGGCACUUCCCUGGUAGUAUCUCCUGCCAACGCUGUGGUGCAAAUGGUACCAAGAGACUGCGUGAGGCUCAUCGUCAACAAGGAGACUGUCGGCCAAGAUCUGGGUAUUCAAUAUGGCAAAGGUGCCACUCGCGAUGUGUGGGCAGGCGAAAUCUCUUGCGACGAAGCGUUUCUGGAACUGAUCAAGUUGCUUGGUUGGCAGGACAAGGUUCGCAAGAUCAGACACCUCCUCCCUGAAAGCAAUCAGGCGAUGACUAAGGACUUGUGA